AGCGCGCUCCCGCAUUCGAGUCCGGCCCGUCCAGGCAAACGCGCGUGUGCCCCUCUCCCCCGCACCACAUCGCGCACGUGCAUAUUUGCGACCAGACCUGCGCCACAGCGCCCAUCCGCGCACCGCCCUCACCCCGGGAUUCCACGAACCCGGAUAAUGGACCGAUAACGGCUGCACUAAUUGAUCGUCCAUUUCGAAUCGAGUGUCACUCGCGAGUGCAGUGUCAGGGCUGUAAUGGCCGAUAAUCACGCUCUAAUACCUAAUCCCGUUAAAAUGUAUACGCAAACAGACGCGUUGAAAGAUGCUAAGGACAUGUCCAAGAAUUUGGUUAGUGGUGAUUUCGAGAAGCAUUACAGGGACGACAUUAUGAUAGAAAAGCCUCGGCGGCGGCACAUGCACUUGUUCCUGGGUGUGUCGGUGGGUGUACUGGCCAUCUGGAUGAUAGUGCUGACGGUAGUACGUGAGGUACAGAUCACACGUUUGCGGCUCGAGGUGGACGAGCUCAACGCAAACAUGAUUGCCGUCACCGCCAACGUCAAAUCGCUCAACCAGAAACUAGCCAACAACAGACUGUUCAAUGAAAUGAACGACGACACGUUCUAUGCCGAUGAUGAUGAAGUACCAACUGCAAUAGACGAGAAGUCAAAUGAUAAAUCGAAGGGAUCCAUCAAGAAUCUAGGCGACCUGACCGUACUCGAAGAUGAAGAAAGCAUGGCUGACGACGAUGAAGACUCGUACGACGAUGAUGACGACGCCGAAAGCGGUGAUUGGUAUCAGGAUUAUGACAGAAGAAGACCCAAGGUUGGCACUACAAACAUGGUGAAACUGAAACCUGAGGACUUCACCGACGCCGUGCUCACUUUCUCUAAAGGCAAGAAGGACUACUCAACCAACAUCAGGGAGCUUAAGUGGCUACUCGACAAAGAGGAUAUGAUGACGUUCAAAGUAUCCCAGCCCACUAAAGAGCCAAACCACGAGGACAGCUCGCGAAGCAAGCGCAGCAUCGUCCCAGCUGUCGCUGUCGAGUCCUUCGAGCCUAAGCAGACUCCAAAGACCCUGUCUAAGUCUGACGAAAGACGUAAAACGAAGAAGUUUUCGCCAAACACGGAAACAUUCUCUCCUGCCAAAGUUGCUUUACAUGGGGUUACCAGAACCAUCAGGAGCGAUGAAGAGGGCUACAGAAGACCGUUCAUCGCCGCCCACUUCCACGGUAACACCUCGCAUCUCAACACAGAGAUUCACCCACAUUAUAAAGGCAACGGUCUCGUCCGUAUGCCGCACAACGUGCCGCACAAUGUGUGGUACCCCUCCCCCUGGACCAAGGCCUCGCCUCACCCGCGCCCAACACUCACCAGCAACGGGCACGUGCACGUCCAUCAUACUGGCGUCUAUCUGGUUUAUGUACAGAUUUACUACCUGGAUUCGCACGAUGUUAUUUCAUGGGUUUUGCACCGAACCAAUAGUGAAAUCGAAGGCAGGGAGACUUUACUUCAAUGCGCGCAGUCUUCGCACUCUAUCGAUCCAAUGGACAAGCCUAAUUCUUGCUUCUCUGCUGCCGCUUUGUUCUUAAAAGCUGGAGAUAAAUUAGCAGUACGGAAUACAGGAGGCGACAGGCAUUCCAUAAUGCAACCAGAGAAGAGUUUUAUAGGUCUUGUGAAAUUAGCCGACGCAGAAGAUCCCAACGAGAGCAUGGAACUCUAAUUUGAAUAAAGAAAACAAGAAUCUGAAAUACAAAUUCAGUUUCCUUUUCUUUUUUGUCAACUACACUCUACAGUCUUGUUAGCCAGUACAACAGCAAGGAUUAGGAUGUUCUUAAUUAAAGAAACAUUUUCUAGAAUUUUCUUGGAAUAAUUCCAUAUCUAUUUUACUGAAGGGAAUAUUCCCGUGCGUAGUAUUUUUUUGUAAACUGUUGUCUCUACUAAUUCUUAGAUCUUAUUUUUAUGUAAUAUUAACGUUAUUAGUUAGGAUUAUUAAAUAUUAAACUUGCCUUACAAAAUGUAUGAGCUUUGUCGUCGUCUUAAGAGUGAAUGCCUCGUAUGUGACUUCUAUGUAAUAUUUCAGGACGAAGUUAAAAAUGUGGUGUAAAAUGUAGUAAACGCAAUAAUAUUUGUAGUUAGCAUUUUAAUUAGCUAAAUUAUACCCACUAUAUUACUUUAAUAAUAUAUUUGA